AUGCUACAUAAAUUUUGCAAAACAGAAGCUGGGAAAGGAACAAAGAGUUUCCUCAUAGAAAUUAAGUUCAACGAUGGAGUUAUUGUUCCUCAACUAUCAAAGACUCGUCGUCUUUCCAUUCGCUCCAAUAUUCCAUCGUUCAUAUCUAGCAAACCUUUGUGUCCUCAUACCCGUCCAUUAUUUGUUUUCUCCGAGGACCAAGAAUGUUUGUUUAUAGAACUUAUUUCCCCAGAAGCCUUCAAACUACUCAGAGUUUUAGAUGCUAAGCGGAUCAUAUUCCUUCAUAUUGAUUCUGAUAUGUACUAUUUGCUUCACAUGAGGUACUUUGCUUUGUCUUCCAGUAUGAGUGUUCUUCCUGCUCAUUUGUCAAAGCUUUGUAACAUACAAACCCUUCUAGUGAAUACAACAUCUCGUACCCUUGAUGUCAAACUUGAUGUUCUAGAGUUCACUCAGUUAAGGCACUUCAAGACCAAUGCUUCCGCUAAUUUGUACAAGGUCGGCAAACCUGGGAAAGGUGGUGAAAAAAUUAGGUCAUUAGGAACUAUUUCUCCCGAAAGUUGCACCAAAGAAUUAUUCAACAGGUCACGUAAUUUGAAAAAAAUGGGCAUUCGGGGGAAAUUAUCCUUGCUUUUGGAGGGAAGGAUAAUAUCAUUUGAUAGUUUGGCAGAAUUGGGUUGUCUUGAACAUUUGAAGCUAAUAAGUGAUGUGUAUCCAAUUCUACCUUCAGUAGGUCGACUUGAGAGCCUUCCCCCACACAAUAAAUUUCCACAAACGCUGAAGAGCCUAACUUUAGCUGGUACAUAUCUUGAUUGGAGUCAAAUGAGUAUCCUAGCACUUCUAGAAAAGCUAGAGGUGCUCAAGUUGAAAAACAAGGCAUUCGUGGGACGGAUUUGGGAAACUGAGGAAGGAGGUUUUCAAACUCUUCAAGUCUUGCACAUUGAAGAAACAAAGUGA